AUGCCUUUGAAGAAACGCAAACAAUCCACACCCCCCGAGCCCAAUCUGCGCCGCUCACGAUUGGCGAACAGAUCGCGUAAGGCUCUAUACGUCGAGGGGACAGACAGUGAUGAUGAUAGCGCCCACGAGCCGUCUUUGACAGUACGGAAUGCGCUAAGAGCUCGUCAGAACCGCAACAGGCCAGAAUACUCAGAGGAUUCAUACCUAGACUCCCAGGAAGACGACGAUGGGGAUGUUGAAUCAGAGCACCUUGAGCACGCGGCAGAGUCUGAUGAAUCUCAAGCCGCCGAGCUCUGUAACGAUUCGGACGAAGAGGCACCUCCGGUAGUGACAUUCGUCCCUCUAGAGAAGAUGCGGGACAGCGGUGGUAUUGAAUAUGUCGACUUUAAGAUCCACCCGAACAGCCUUCUAUUUCUAAAUGACCUCAAAGUCAAUAACAAUCGAACUUGGCUGAAAGCUCAUGACGGGGAGUUUCGACGUGCAUACAAGGACUGGCAAACAUUUGUCGAGCGCACUACUUCUUCAAUCAUGUCCAUCGACGACACCAUUCCUGAGUUACCAGCUAAAGACUUUGUGUUUCGUAUCUACAGAGAUAUGCGUUUCAAUCCCGAUGGGAAGCCAUACAAGGCGCACUUCUCGGCGGCUUGGUCUCGAACGGGGCGCAAGGGCACAUAUGCCCACUACUACAUCCAUUGCGACCCAGACGCGUCCUUCGUCGCUGGCGGGAUAUUCGCUCCUAAUGCAGAACAACUCCGACAACUUCGAACGAGCAUAGACGAGCGGCCGAGACGGUGGCGCGGAGUGCUGAACGACGACAACCUGAAGCUGACCUUCUUGCCGCAAGUCAGAACGGAAGGCACGGAAGAAGCAGCGUUAAAGGCCUUUGCUGUUGAAAAUAAGGAAACGGCCCUGAAGACGAGACCCAAGGGGUUCAUCAAGGAUCAUCGAGAUAUUGAGCUUCUCAAGCUCAGGAAGUUUACUCUUUCUAGAAAGAUUCCGGACAAUAUUCUAUGUGCAGAAGAUACCCAGGAAAGGAUCGUGGAGGUUUUACAGCCUUUGGUCGCAUUUAUUACCUUUCUCAAUAGCGUGGUAAUGCCAGAUUAUAAUUAUAUUUAUUAA